GAGACAGCGCGCUACGCCACACACCCGCCCGUCUGUUUGCGUCUGUGGGCGGCUGUGUAGAGGCGCGGCGGGAACCAGAGUGCGCCAGAAGAGAGUGCAAGGAUGAGUGACAGUGACGAGGACGGGGGGCGCUGGGGGUACCGGGGCAGGAGCAGAAGCAGGAGCAGCAGUCGGAGCAGCAGGGAGAAGGACUCCUACUGGUACAACAGGGACAGCAGGGAAGGUAGCGAUAGCCCCGACAGCAGAAGACACGAACCUUAUUCUAAUUAUUUUGACGGGAAUGAAGAGGACGAGGAGGAGGAGGAGAGGAAGGACCGUGAUGGCUACGGCUUCUCCUACGACGAUGAUGAUAAGGACAGUGAGCGUGGGGGACUACCUCACUACUACAGCAGAAGGAGCAGUAACAGUAGUCGCAACAGCCACGGAAGUCGUCGAGAUAUUUACUUGGAGAAUGAAAAAGAUGAGGAGAAUUAUGAAUGGAACUCUUCGUCGUGGCGGUGCAAGAGGGACAAGGACAAGGACUCCAACAGCAGCAGAAGUAGCAGAAGUGACCGCUUUGGGUUCAGGCGGCGAGGCGACGAUAGUGAUGAUGACGGGCGCAGCAGGAGAAAAAGACGAAGAGCAGCAGAGGCGGAAGAUUAUCUAGAGAACGAAUAUGGAAGAACCAACCAUGAUAGAUUACCGAUUUGUUGCUGCACCCUCAUGUGAGAGAGAGAGAGAGAGAGAGAGAGAGAGAGAGAGAGAGAGAGAGAGAGAGAGAGAGAGAGACGAAACAAAUCCCGGUCGAUCGAUACAGCACCAGGAAAACUUGACUAGAGAGAGAGAGAGAGAGAGAGAGAGAGAGAGAGAGAGAGAGAGAGAGAGAGAGAGAGAGAGGACAACUGCACCAAAGACAAAGAAUAUGUGAACGAAAGCGAGGAUGAAUGAAAGAAAAAAAAAAGAAAAUAGAAAAAAAAACAUGAAAGCGAACGAAUAUAAAAAAAGGACACAUGAACGAAACUAAGAAAUUUUUGAAAAGUGUGAAAGAAAGUGAGAAAAAAGAGUGAGAGAGAAAGAGAGUGAAAAGCAAAUUCGCUUCCUACUCUUACGGUUACAGCAAUCACCCCGAUCUCAUUUGCGUGAGAGAGAGAGAGAGAGAGAGAGAGAGAGAGAGAGAGAGAGAGAGAGAGAGAGAGAGAGAGAGAGAGAGAGAGAGAGAGAGAGAGAGUAAAAAAGUCGAUUUCACUGCCAGACUUUCGUAGAUGUUGGCUGCUAGCGUGAGAGAGAGAGAGAGAGAGAGAGAGAGAGAGAGAGAGAGAGAGAGAGAGAGAGAGAGAGAGAGAGAGAGAGAGAGGAUUAUUACCACAUAUCAAAGCUUCUAAAUUUAACCUCCCUUUCUGUUUAGUGGGUCAGAUAGGCAAGGGGGAGAUAGGGAGGGGGUGAGGGUGAAGGGGGGAACAAGGGAUGGCUGGCAGGGGUGAGGGGAGCACAAAGGGAGUUUGGCAGGAUGCUAGGGUGAGGGAAGGGGCGCCAGGGUGAUUAAAGCUGCGACAGGCGUUAAGUGGUGUUAGUGAGGCAGGUAAACAAGACAUGAUUUCAGGUAAGGGGCUGCCAGGUAAACUAAUUAAGGUAUAUUGGUACAGGUAAACUCGUACACUGACAAACAAACAGACUGACAGACAGACUUAACCUAGCUUCACCUAAUGUUUCCUAACUUACCCAGCAUAAUGUAACUUGACUUAAUCCUUACUUACUUGACAUAACCUAACUUUACCUAACCUAACUUCACAUAACUUAACCUAACCUAGCCUAACCUUUCUUAACCUAACCUAACCUAACCUAUCUUAACCUAACCUAACUUCACAUAACUUAACCUAACCUAACCUAUCUUAACCUAACCUAACUUCACAUAACUUAACCUAACCUAACCUAUCUUAACCUAACUUAACCUAAACUUCAUUUAAUCUUACCUAACUUAAUCUAACCUAACCUAACUAUACCUAACUUAAUCCAACCUAACUUAAACCUAUCCCAACCCUAACUUAGUCUAAAUGAAAGACAAACAGUAUGUCACACACACACACACACACACACACACACACACACACACACACACACACACACACUGGUGGCAGCGGUGGGAUCUGCGCACACUGACACACACACACACACACACACACACACACACACACACACACACACACACACACACACACACACACACACACACACACACACACACACACACA